AUGUCUGGAGGUGAUAAAUUUUUACAUAUUUGUUAUACAUCAUAUCAUUAUUAUGAGUAUAAAGGAUUGUUCAAAUGUAAACAAAGAAAUAAGGAAUCUCCAGAAAAAAGAGAUAAAUUAAAUAAGGAAGAUAAAAUUCCUAUUUGUGAUUUAUGUAAAUUAAAACAUUUUAGAUGUAAAGGAAAGAAAUAUGAUAUUAAGGACAUUGGAACUAAAAAGGAAAAGAUACAAUAUAUAAGACAGAAAUAUAUAGUGUCUAGUAAUUAUAAAGAUACUAAAUUAUCAUGGGUUAUCAAUACACCAAAAGUGAUAAGAGAUGUAGCAUUGAUGGAUCUCUUCAAAAAUAUCAAGUCUAAUCAUGUAUUGAAAAGACAUUUUUAUAUUUGUAUUCCUACCAAUAUUGAAAAGUUUGAAGUUACAAAUGAAGAUAUUGUUUCUUUUGAUCCUGGUGUAAGAACUUUGUUGACAGAAUAUGAUCCAAAAAGAAAUAUACUUGAAUUUGGAAACAAUGAUAUUGAAAAGAUUAAAACAAGAUGUAAAAGAUAUGAUAAGUUGCAGAGUUUUCUUAAACUUGAUAAAAGACUGUUAUCACAAGAUUGUAAGAUAUAUUUGCAAGAAUUAUCAGACUAUGUUGUUGCCAAGAUUCGAAAUCCAAGAUAUG